AAUUAACUAUUAUCAAUUACGUACAAGUAAUAUCUAUAAGGAUUUAUGUGAAAUGGCAAAACAUUUGACAACAAUUAAUCUUGAUAAUGUCACAGAAAAUGAACGUAAAACAUUAUUUAUCAAUCUGUAUAAUAUAUUAACAAUUCAUGGUAUUGUAUCAUUAACUGAUGUGCCAAAAUCUGUUCUUGAUUUAAAUCAAUUUUGGAAAACAACAUCAUAUAAAAUUGGUGCACAUUUCUAUUCAUUAGAUGAUAUUGAACAUGGCAUUUUACGAGGUAAUAAACCUCAUUCAAAUUGUACUCAACGUCAUUUUACAUUUAAUGAUCCUCGUGCAAAAUAUUCCAUGCGUCGUUGUGAUCCACGUAUUCAUUUUACACUUAAUCGUGGUUCACGUUCAUCUCCACAAAUAGCUAUUUAUUCAUCAACUAAUAUUGAAAAAGCUUUAAAUAUGGCAACAACAUCUUAUUGUAAUUCACAAGUUGAUAUUAUACCAGAAAAUCGUGAAAUUCGUUUAUCAAAAUUAUUUCUUUGGUAUAGGAAUGAUUUCGGUCGAUCAGAAACUGAUGUUUUAAGAUGGAUAACAAAAUAUAUUGAUGAACCAAAACAAUCAUUACUUAAAACAUUAAUGGAUAGACAAAGUUCAAAAGAUAAUUUACAUAUAUCAUAUAAAAUAUAUGAUUGGAUGUUAAAUCAUUAUGAUAGUCUAAUAUCUAAUAGAGUUAACAUCAAUAAUUAA